ACGUCUAUGUCACUCAUCUGGUCAGCUAGACAACUGUAGCCUAUGGACCGGUAGCAUAUUUCUCUGAAAGCCGGAUGAAUAUGCGACGGGUAAUGGACGCCAAGUAAAUAGUGGUCGGGAAAGUAUACCGUAUGAAAGUAAACAUGUCUGUGAAAUCCUGGACUGCAGUGUUUUUGGUGCUCACGGUGUUACUGAGCGGCGUGUCUACCGUGCAAGACAGAGAGGAGGAUUCGGUUACAACCUCCCGACAACAACACGCUGAGAUUGGGCUGGAUGGAAACAUCACAGGCAUGUGGACAGCAGGGGAAUCACAUAAUUCAAGCACACAUGAAUGCCGCGAUGUGUUGAAGCAGAAGCCGUCAAAGCAAUGCUGGUUUAUCAAGCACACCGAGGACUGUGAGUUCAGCGAUGGCUACAUCAACUACCUGCAGGUGGCGUUUUGCAGCUUCCCUCACAGUCUCUUCCCACUCGCUGUUACACUCUAUGUUGUUUGGCUUCUGUACUUGUUCAUGGUUUUGGGAAUCGCUGCAUCAGAAUUCUUCUGUCCAAACCUGGCUGCUAUCUCCACCAGCCUCAAGCUGACCCACAAUGUGGCUGGUGUGACGUUCCUGGCGUUUGGGAAUGGGGCUCCAGAUGUGUUUAGCGCAGUGGCAGCAUUUGCAGACCCCCGGACCGCAGGGCUCGCCAUCGGAGCACUCUUUGGUGCGGGCGUGUUUGUCACCACGGUGGUGGCCGGCAGUGUGGCGCUAGUAAAGCCCUUCACUGUUGCCUCCAGACCCUUCCUCCGCGAUGUCAUCUUUUACAUGGUGGCUGUCUUCUGUACCUUCCUCAUCCUCUACCUGCGGGAGAUCAAGCUGGGCGAGGCGCUGGGUUACCUUGGCCUGUAUGCCCUGUAUGUCAUCACAGUCAUCGUCAGCACAAUCAUAUACAACCGACAGAAGAACCGGCUGCAGGGACCCAUUGAAAGCAGCUACACUGAGCCAGAGUUGCCGUCUGAUUCCGAAGACGCUACCCCAAGCAUAUUCAAUGGAAGCAUCCAGGACAAUGAGAAUGAGUACUCGCCCCUGCUCCCCUUCACUGAAUCCACCUGCCAGAUCUUCAUCAACUCCAUCAACCCCAUAGACAGCAGAAAGUGGAGGAGGAAGCGCUGGUUCUGGAGAGCUGUCGAAGUGGUCAAGAUGCCUAUGGAACUGGUGUUGCUGCUCACUGUGCCCGUGGUGGACCCUGACAAGGACAACAACAACUGGAAGCGUCCGCUCAACUGCCUACACCUGCUGACAGGACCCCUCGUGUGUGUGCUCACCUUCAAAUCAGGACAAUACGGGCUCCUGAAUAUUGAGGGCGAGUUCCCAGUGUGGGCCCUUGUCCUUCUCAUCGGGGUCUUUCUAUCGGCCAUCUCCUUCCUCAUCACCAGCAACCAGCAGCCCCCUAGACUGCACUGUGCGUUCUCGUUUCUGGGGUUCUUGGUCAGUGCCAUGUGGAUCAACACUGUGGCAACCGAGGUGGUCAACAUCCUGCAGACCUUCGGGGUGGUGUUUGACCUGAGCAACACGGUCCUGGGACUGACCUUGCUGGCCUGGGGGAACAGCAUUGGGGACUGCUUCUCUGACAUCACCAUGGCCCGUCAGGGGUACCCGCGCAUGGCGAUGGCUGCCUGCUUCGGAGGGAUCAUCUUCAACAUGCUCUUCGGGGUGGGGCUGGGCUGCCUGCUCCAGAUGUUUAACGGACAGAAUGUCGUCAAGCUAGAACCGGAUGGGCUUCUGGUCUGGAUACUUGCGGGAGCGCUAGGCCUCAGCCUGGUACUUUCCUUCAUUCUGGUUCCAGUGCAAUGCUUCCACCUGGGCCGUAGCUACGGGAUCUUCCUGCUCCUCUUCUACCUGGUCUUCCUGCUGGUGGCGCUGCUGACAGAGUUUAAAGUGAUUGAGCUGAGGGGCAGCCCCUGACACCCUGCACCCCUCUCCCACUCAGAACCCACAGCCAGACCCUUCUCUCCAGCAGGGGUGUGGUGAUUCACAAAGAGCAGGUAUCUGGUCAGACAGACCCACGCACAAAUCACACGCUCUUAUUCUGAAAUUUUAUGUAUUUAUUUCUUCUGUCACUACGACAACUGAUUACAACAGAAAUAACCGACUCUACAGCAAACUGAGAUCCACUCGGGAUCCAGGCUGCGUGUUUCCACACACUGUCCAAGUGUUAAAAUAAACUAGGCCUGAAUGAUUCAACUGUGUGUUCUGAGGAAUUGUCACGCUUAAUUUCUCUUUUAAUUUAGCUUAUGUUUUAAAUGCAUCAUGUGACUGGACUGCUCUCAUAGAAUAUGAAAACCACUGGCAGGGUCCUACUGCUGAAGGUGUCAUUCCAUCAGCAGACUCAUGACUGCCUGGUUUACACUGUGAAGGGGAGGAGAAUCCUCAUGGUUUACACUGUGAAGGGGAGGAGAAGCCUCAUGAUUUACACUGUAGAGGAGAAUCCUCAUGUUUUGUGUGCUAUUGUAUAAACCUAUGCAUAGAUACUGGAUUACAGCUGUGAAGUUAUGUUUGUAGGUUCCAGUACACAAACUGCCAGCCUCACAUGAACAUACAGGGUCUUUACUGAGUUGUGCCUGUGUGUUUCUUAAGGUCUUUUCUGUGGCUGGCUACUGCUGUAUGGUCCUUCACACAGAGAGUAACAGAACAUUAGAUAUUUUUCAGGUUUGCUGUGUUUAACAGCAGGGCUUCUGAAAUCAGGAUUAGUAUUCUUGAAUUUUAAAGUCAUGCAAA